AUCACGUCGCGAAUAAAAGAUUCUGCCUAUUCGCCUGCCAUUACAGAAACCACCGCUUCGAGGAUAAGCACCAUGGCGUUUUCUGCGUGAAGUCGCGGGAUAGCUCAGCGGGCCGAAUGAUGGCCGCAAUUUCUGAAAUUGCCGCUACUUUUUUUUCGCUUCUCGUGUCUUCUGCUUCAAUUGCUUACGUCACGAAGCUGUUCUUUCUUCCACCUUCUUAAGACCACCGAACGCCAUCAAACCUCCGUCAGUCGCGUAUCGUAAUUCAUUCCUUUUUCAUCGAAAGCCAACGGCAAACACAACAACGAAAGCCACUCGUCGGAUGAAAGAUUCGCGCGAAAGGAAAAAUGUUGUUCCCCGUAACGACGAAAGCUCUUCCAUUAUUAAGCGCGUUCACAGUGUCGAUCGUCGCUCAAGAUACAAAGACUACGGUGUUUCCGUUCUCCGGAAAUGGCUCCGUCCUGGAAUCACCGAGCAGAGAGGAAUCCGCGCUUCGACCGGAUAUGACGCGUUCUUCCGAGCUUCUCGCGCGUCCUCCCACUCCGCCUGUACCUGCCAAUAAUUAUCUCCUCGCGCCGCAGAGAACGUUUAUUCGUCACAGGAGCGAAAACGUGCUGCCUUACGUGUACGAUAAUCCACAUUUCAGCUACCCAGUAGCGCACUCGAUCGAUUACCCGCUUGGACCAUCUUCGAAGCAGCUCGUAAUCGUCAGCUUCAUCGGUUUACUGUUGCUCUUCGCGAUUAUUCAGAACACGAUCGUGAACGCGAAGCGCAGAGACAUUUUGACGGACGUGCUGUCUGCCAGGAAGAAAAGGGAGCUGUAUGCUGCGUACAAUUUCGACUCAGUGACACCGGAACAGGAAGACGUUCUCGACGAAGACGCUAGGGUACGAUGUAUACAGAGAACCGUGUGCUUGGAGAAUCGGAAGCUCUCGAAAGCGUUCGGUGCUACCGGCAAGAUACUCGCCAAGUACUUAACACGAAGCGUGGAGAAAUCUUUGAAAUCGUCUUCUGGCUGGUUCCGAUUGGUACGGGAUGCCGGGGAGGCAGGGGUUCGUGGUGAGGAGUGCGAGGUGCUUUACAGAGGCUGCGACGAAGAAGUUUCUUCAGGAUCGUAGAGAAACACGCGAUCAACUGUAACUUACAAUCAGAAUAUGUACGUUGCGUGUAGAAAUCAAAUAUAUGAUAGUGAGAAGAAGAAGAGGGAUGCGUUUUAUUUUUUAUUCACAGUUUUCCUGAUACCGCAUAUCAUAUACAUGUGUGUCGGAUCAGCGUUGGAAUUUUGGGCGUUUGACGAAUUUUCACUCGAAUUUGCCAUCGUGGUUAUGUGUUCUAGCUGAUCUUUAUUGGUACAGAUGUGAUUAUUACAAGAGUUAACAAGUAAUAGCGGCGAUCGGACAAACGAGAUGUCGAUGACAAUGAAUUUAGGUUCGAUAACGAAUCCACGGCCAACGGGAUGGCGAAUGCGAUGUGAUACACGAUCCUGGUGCGACUCAACGUACAAGUAGAACCUCCCUCAAUGAACUGACCCGCAGUCCAAGUGGAACUGCCCGUAUAUACUCCUCUCCGUACCUCUCAGAUCAAUCUUUUUUUUAAGGAGAAUUAUAUAAUUAUUCCAUACCUCUGUUUGGCACACGUCCUUCCCGCGACCGUGGCUACGUUCGGUGAUCCGUUAUGUCACUUCGUGCCCAAGCCCACUGUCAUAAACCUCGGGCACUCAUAUUCGGAUUAGGACAAUACAACUAUUUCUCAGUUUUAUUAUUUAAUCGUAACUAUAAUAAAAGUCUGGACCAAUGCAUUGGGGACGUUCCCAAACGUUCCAAAAGAAAGGCUCCGAUGUCCUUUCAUCUGCGACACGUAUAUGCUAAAUGAAAUAUGGACAUGAACAGUUAAAUAAAUUAAUAAAACAGUUAAAUAAACAAUGAUUCAGAAAGUUUUUUUUUACUAAUUAUACGACUAAUGUUAAAUACCUCGAGUGACUUUUGAUCAAAUUUAUUAUUAUUUAUUAUAUUUUGAUAGGAAAAAAUUUAGCGUUGGGUAGUAAAGAGAUUGGGAUGAAAGAUUUAUCAAAAUAUUUCUUCCCUUCCUUUGCUUAUAUAUACAAAUGAGAUAUACAAAUUUAUCUUAUUCAUUAAAAUAUCGUAAUAUCGGGGAAAAUCUUUGGGAAUAAUCCCGAUGUACUUCAGGUAAAAAACAAUAAAAGUAUUGACAGACAAGGGAAAAUUUGAAAAUUUCAAUGGACCCUUUACCUGUCGCCUUUCAUAACUCGAAAUAAUUAAAGAAGGUGUACGUGAUCAUAAUUCACCGCCUCCCCUGUGCUAGGAAUGCCAAAAUCGUGGUAUAAAAGACAGCCGUUAGCCAAUUAAGAGCACAGUGGUACUAAGACCUCCGCCACGACUCGAGUAGCGAGACAGUUGCGAGUGAGUAGUGAGAAGUAGUGAGUAGUUACGGGUUAAUCGCUAGUCAGAGUUGUAAGUUGUAAUAAUCAAAGUUCGCGUAAAGUAACCAUUGUUUCCUGUUUAAACAAAACAUUCGGUAGAAGUAUUCGUGUAGUGAUAGUGAAUUGAAAUCAAGUCGAAGCAUUAUCCACGACGAGCGAAUGAUGAAACCCGUAUAACACCAUCGUCGAUGUCGAAGACAGGUGCAUUGCUAACGAUAAGCUAACGCGAUUCGAAGCAAUGAAAGUCCGAAACACGCGUAGGAGUCGACAGUAGCGCGUUUCAACAUUUAUGAGCAUAUCAACGUUCCAUGAGCACGUUCAGUGGUGUCGACAACGUCAAUGUGCGAAGCUGGUUGUUGGAUUUUGAGGAGAUGCGCGAUCUUUGCGAUUGAACUGAUGUGCGAAAUUCCCUCGUAGUUGCUUCAUUUUCAGGUGCAGCGGAAGGCGAGCACAAAGGCGGGAUCAUCGAUGAAAACGGGGAUGCGAGUAACGGAUGAGUAAAAAAGCACACGGUAUUAAUGACUUUUAAUUUUAAUUACAAUAUGCUGUGUUGUGUUUUUUUUUUUGUUCUUUAUCUGCUACAAACAUCGACAUCUAGCCUGAACUAUUUUAGAUAGCAGUCCGUUCUCUAUACACGCUCCAUUUAUACUCACUCCCUCUCUCUUUCUCUCUAAUAUCGUUCGCCCUCGUCGUCGGAAUUAUAAAAAAAUAUCAAAUCACGAACAGAAUGGAGACAAACG